AGCAGCACCAGCAGCACCAUGAUGGCGCAGCGGGCGCUGCCCAACCCGUACGCGGACUACGACAAGUCUCUGGGCACCGCGUACUUCGAUGCGUCCGGCCGGCUGACUCCCGAGUUCACGCAGCGUCUGAACAACAAAAUAAGGGAACUGCUGCAGCAGAUGGAGAGGGGCCUGAAGGCUGCUGACCCGCGGGACUGCACGGCUUACACGGGCUGGGCAGGCAUUGCUGUGCUGUAUUUGCACCUGCAUGAUGUGUAUGGAGACCCAGCGUACCUCCACGUGGCCCAUGAGUACGUGAAGAAGAGCCUGAGCUGUCUGACAAGACGAUCCAUCACUUUCUUGUGUGGAGAUGCUGGGCCCCUGGCAGUGGCUGCCGUCAUCUACCACAAACUGCAGAACCACAAGCAGUCAGAAGACUGCAUCACUCGCCUGCUCCACCUACACAAGGUUGAUCCACGAGUGCCAGACGAGCUGCUGUAUGGGCGCAUGGGCUAUCUGUAUGCACUGCUGUUUGUGAACAAGCACUUUGGAGAGGAGAAGAUCCCUCAAAGUCACAUUCAGCAGGUCUGUGAAGCAGUUGUAGCCUCAGGAGAGAGCCUAGCCAAAAGGAGGAACUUUACAACCAAGAGCCCACUGAUGUAUGAGUGGUACCAGGAAUACUACGUAGGGGCAGCCCAUGGCUUGGCUGGGAUUUAUUACUAUCUCAUGCAGCCUGGCCUCGGAGUGAGCCAAGUAAAGCUGCACAACGCAGUCAAACCCAGCGUGGACUACGUCUGCCAGCUCAAAUUCCCAUCAGGCAAUUACCCUCCCUGCAUCGAUGACACCAGAGACCUGCUUGUCCAUUGGUGCCACGGGGCACCAGGCGUUAUCUACAUGCUUCUCCAGGCCUACAAGGUGUUUGGGGAGCAGCAGUACCUGAACGAUGCCCUGCAGUGUGCAGAAGUGAUCUGGCAGUACGGGUUAUUGAAGAAAGGCUACGGGCUCUGCCACGGGACUGCUGGCAAUGCCUAUGGUUUCCUAGCACUGUACAACCUCACUCAGAACAUGAAAUACCUGUACAGGGCCUGCAAGUUUGCAGAGUGGUGUUUAAGCUAUGGUCAGCACGGCUGUCGGACUCCAGACACACCGUUUUCUCUCUUUGAAGGAAUGGCUGGAACAAUUUACUUUCUUGCUGACCUGCUGGUGCCAACCAAGGCCAAGUUCCCUGCGUUUGAACUGUGAACCUAAGCUAGGCAGUUCCUUGCCUAAAUCUUUCAGCACUUGGAAAAGCAGUUCAGAGCUGCUUUCUCCUCCUUCCGAGCUCAUUGUUGUUUACCUAACUGAACAUAAAUCCAUGCUCCUAGGGCACACCAAGUUCUCUAAUAUUUCUAGUUGUUUUGUUGCAUUGUUUCAGUUUAAACAACAAAAUGCAGGUUUUGCUGGUGUCUCCUGAAAACACAGGGCUGCAGUUGGGAGCGGGGAAAUAUGUACAGUAUUUUAUGCGCUAUAAAGUUUUGCUAUUUUAUGUAUCCCAUUUCCUGGGAGAAAGUUUUCUAUUGAAUGUGACUUUGCCUGUUUAAGUUUUGUUUUGGUGCUGACAAAUAGUUACAGGAAGUUGACCUUGGAAAACACUGAGAUAAAACACUGAGACUGCUGCCCUUCACUGUGCUUUGAAGCAUUCUCUUUCUGUCCAUGCUGGGAGUAGGCAGUUUAGGAGCUGCUCCACAAGAAGUGAAUGUGAUGGACAGUGGAAUCUCUCCUUUUUUUUCAUGUCAGAUUGCAAACAGAGCAGCUGGAACUGCCAGAGCCUUGGCCUGAAUUUACUCCUGCCUGCUUUCUAGGUGAAGGCCAUUAUCUAUAGCUCUUUUGUGCAUUUUUUCCAGUGACGGACAAAUAACCCCCGAGCUUUGGUGCCUGUUAUCUUAUGCUAAACCUUGCCAAGUCCAUUGCUCAUGUCAUGGGAACUUGUAAUUUAAUAGUAAGCUAGAAUGCAUACUGGUGCGGACGCUCUUUGUUAGCUUUGAAAAUUUAUUUUUGCAAUCUUUUAUUUAAAAAACAAAUUCAUAUUAUAGCUGAUUGGCAGCAGCAGCAUAAAGAAAUAAAUAUUUUUCACUGAGUUCUCUCAGUGUUCAGCCUGUUACCUGUGUAGAGGAUAUGUACAGGCUUUGUUCUAUAAGCUUUCCUGGAUUAACCUGGAUAAUUUGAAUCACUUGUUACUGCUCUUAUGGUUUGAUUUGCACUACAUCUCCCCACCUGGAAAAUCUGCUCUAGGUUCAACAGCUUUGAUCUGACAGCACACCACAAACUUGCAGGGGGUAAAUCUGCUUUAGAACCCUACGCUGCUUUGCAGCACUGGGGACCUGACCCCUUCCCCUAUUAAACCAUUGCACUUUUUUUUUUUUUUUUUAAGCUCCAACCAUGAGCUAAGCACUGAGUACAGUGGAAGUUACUGACUCCACUAUGCGACUUUGUGCUGUUUGAGGGCUGCUCCUCAGCCUGGACAAGCGAGGGCACGGGUUUGGUUUUUCAGGGGAGAGCUGGUGAGGGGUUCAAGUCAAGAGCAGGGCAGCUUCAGGGCAGCACAGGCAGUCUCCAAGCCAGCAGCAUGAAGCAGAAGCUGCACAAGUUGUCUACAGUGCUGCUACGAGGACCAUACCUGGUAUGUUCACAGCCAGCUCACCUCUCAACAGUGGCACGGGCAGAGCUGAAAGAAGCUGUUUCAGUGAAGAGCAGAAAGCAUUCCUGUAGAUUCCUCCUCUCCUCAAAGAGCCAGCUCAUCAGAAGACAGCCUGAUGCACACAAAUGCUCGUCUGCCUCAGGCUCGGCCUUCCUGGCAGGAGCCUGAAGCUCAUCCAGGCUAAGUUCAUCCCAGUUGUUUCUGGGACUCUUGCAUUAAGGGGAGAGGUGACUGGAAAGGAAGAAGCACAGCCUCAAGAGCAGGAGUUGGCUAAUCAAACAGUAUGAGAGUGGGAUCCUUGAGUACCUGAGGCCCACUGUAAUCCCCGCUGCGAUGCCAGAGUGGGGACACCGGUCUGAGCCUGGAUUUCUCCUGGGCACUGCUUUGUAGAGGAGGUGGUUUGUGUGGCCUAAUGGGGCAGCACUGUGGCCCAGGGUUCAUACACACAUCAGAAAAUCACCAGGAGGGGUGCAGAACAGUCAGGUGGAGCACUGUUCAAUAAAACAUGACAGUGAACAA